AUGGCAAAAUCAAUUGCAAAUUCCGCACAAACACUACCGCGGUUUUUACUCCCCAAAUUGAGCUGGCAGACACGAUCCUCACUACCCCCGCAUACUAUUCGAGCAUUCAGCGCGGCAGCAAGCAAUAAUGGAAAUUCACAAAGACCUGCUUCUGGUCAGCAGAUAUCCAAUCGAGUACGAUCUGUAGAAAGUGGAAACAAAUCUCGAACUAGCAUAUUACAAGAGCCAUCAUGUCGCAGAGCAUUCCACGCAACCCCUCGUCAAUCUCGAGAUCACCAUUUCGAUACCCUAAAGUUCGUUCAGCGGUUACGGGAUGAGGGAUUCACAGAACCCCAAGCUGUAGCUAUGAUGAAAGUACUCAGCGAUGUUAUUGAAGAAAGCAUCCAAAACCUAACCCGCACAAUGGUUCUCCGCGAGGAUGCCGCUCGCGCAACCUACACUCAAAAAGUUGACUUCGCCGCCCUCCGCAGCGAACUCCUCUCUGCAGAUUCCACCGAAUCAUCCACAACCCGCGCUUCUCACGAGCGACUCACCAAUGAUCUCGCUAAACUAAAUGCUCGUCUGCGCGAUGAGGUUUCCCGAACCCAAGCUUCCGUUCGAUUAGAUUUGAAUUUGGAAAAAGGCAGGAUAAGAGAGGAGGCUAAUGUGCAAGAUCUCAAAAUCAAGGAAACGGAAACAAAGAUUGAGCAGGAGGUGGCUGGGUUGAGGGAGAAAUUGGAGGGUGUCAAGUUUCAGACACUGCAGUGGUUGAUGGGAGUUUGUACCGGUACGGCAGCGUUGAUUUUGGGUGCUUGGAGAUUGUUGAUGUAG